CCAUAUCCAUAUUUCAGUGUCCCUGACUUCCCACACUGGGACACUAUCAGUUUGUUGUCUCUCUGUCCCUUUCCAGAACUAGAACAUAACAUUUGUUUAGAAGCAGAAGCCAUUAUGCAGAGAAACGUUCAAUUGAGAGAGUAGGAUCAGCCACUGGAGCACUUAAGGUUUAGGGCUUUGCUCUAGGACCCAAUGGUGAAAUCAUGCUGCUCACCACAGGAUUUGAACCAGCACGGAGUCCUAACCCCUGGAAACGCAGACCGCCUCUUAUUCUGAGUUACAUACUUGUCUGGGAAAUUGAGGUUCUGUGUGUCAUAAGACAAUAUUGUUCUCCUUAUCCCUUCAUUAGUCUUUUUAUCCAUCUCAGAAUGCAAUUACAGCAGGCAUGUGGUGGCCAAUGAACCAGAAAUACUCAGAAAAGGAGUACAAUGGAAGUUUCACAAGAUGCUGUUGAUAGCCUUCCUGUUCAUUGGUUUCCUCCUGUCAUUCUUCAACCAGUGCAGAGAAAUUUGUGGGUACUGCACGUGUCUGUGAACCUGAAGCAUCGACCCUUGACUUUGCUUAGACCACAACUUUUUUCUGUGUCAUACAUGACCUGAUUAAGUAAUAUUAUAUAAUGACUCUAACCUUUAUUUAUAUGUGGAUAUAAUCUAUGUUGUGCCAUGACACAUGACUAUAUACUUUAUUGCGAUAUGUUAUUGAUCUAUGUGAUAUAUUACUAAUCUAUAUUAUUGUAGGUUAUACAUCUUGUUAUAUUGGUCAAUAUUGACAUUGACUCUGAACAGCUAUGUACAUUUCUUACACUGUUCACAGAAUUUUGCAGCUUUUCCUCACAUUUUUCUCAAUAUUCAGACCACAUGAGUUAAUGUAUAGUUUUCCUGCAAAAAUAGCAGACUGAAUGAAUGAAUGUGGCAUUUAUCCCCCUUGGCCACACCCACUUCUUGUCUUACUCUUUGUCCCUCUGUACUUUUUCCUUCCCCCUUUUCCCUUGUCUUACUCUUGCCGCCUCCCCUGAAGCUCCACCCUGACCUGGUCAGGGCAGGGUACAGGAAACAGUUGUGAUGUAUGAGUCCUAGGCUCCUCCAGAACAUGCCAGAACACGAGGCAACAGCAGCCCUUAAGGGAGAGAGGUAGAGAGAGAGAGUAGGAGGGGGAGGUGGUUUCCGUCUCAUUCCUCUAGUAAGUCUAUUCUUGGCAGCACCGCUGCUGCUCCUGUUGCGUAGCUUCUGCCUCUCUGUCUGUCUGCUCUGUCUGAGAUGGAUGCCAUCAUGCUGCAGGAGAAGCUUGUGGAGCGUCUGCUCUCCCCCAAAGUGAGGACAACAAGGCUGAAGGACAAGCAGUAUGUGGGAUUCGCCACCCUCCCCAACCAGGUACACAGGAAGUCUGUGAAGAAGGGCUUUGACUUCACUCUCAUGGUGGCAGGGGAGUCUGGAUUAGGGAAGUCCACUCUGGUCAAUAGCCUGUUCCUCACAGACCUGUACAAAGACCGCAAGCUUUUGAAUGCUGAGGAGCGUAUCAGCCAGACGGUGGAGAUCAUCAAGCACACAGUGGAUAUUGAGGAGAAGGGAGUAAAGCUGAAACUGACCAUUGUAGACACUCCUGGAUUUGGAGACGCUGUUAACAACAAUGAGUGCUGGAAGCCAAUCACAGACUACAUUGAUCAGCAAUUUGAGCAGUAUUUCCGAGACGAGAGCGGCCUCAAUAGGAAGAACAUUCUGGAUAACCGAGUGCACUGCUGCCUAUACUUCAUUGCACCAUUCGGUCACGGCUUAAGGCCUGUGGAUGUGGAGUUCAUGAAGGCUCUUCAUGAGAAGGUGAACGUGGUGCCUCUCAUUGCCAAGGCAGACUGUCUGACACCAAAUGAGAUCAAGAAGCUGAAGGACAGGAUACGGGAAGAGAUUGACAAAUUUGGGAUCAAAGUGUACCAGUUUCCAGACUGUGAUUCAGAUGAGGAUGAUGAGUUUAAGCAGCAAGACAAAGAACUGAAAGAGAGCACCCCCUUUGCUGUGAUUGGGAGCAAUACGGUAGUGGAGGCCAGAGGUCAGCGGGUGCGAGGGAGACUCUACCCCUGGGGCAUUGUGGAAGUGGAGAACCAAUCGCAUUGUGACUUUGUGAAGCUGCGAAACAUGCUGAUCCGAACACACAUGCAUGAUCUAAAGGAUGUGACAUGUGACGUGCACUAUGAAAACUACAGAGCACAGUGCAUACAGCAGAUGACCAGUAAAUUGGCCCAGGACAAUCGCAUGGACAGCCCAAUACCCAUCCUGCCCCUGCCCACCCCGGACGUGGAGACGGAGAAGCUGAUUAAGAUGAAGGAUGAGGAGCUGAAGAGGAUGCAGGAGAUGAUUCAGAAGAUGCAACAGCAAAUGCAUGAGCAGGAUCAGUGAUUUUUUUUUUUGCUUUCAAAAUGCUAGAAAACACAGUAGUGCAAAGGACCCCUCUUUCCAAACUAGCAGUUUUUCUUAAGGUCACUAAACUAUGUUAUUUACAUUAUAAAAAUGAAUGCCCACAAAAUAUCUAAUGUGUAUAUAGCUAUAUAGGACUUCUUUGCUGUUCAGUGAAUGGGCCUGUAUAAUUGUGAUAUCCACUGGUCUGUAUGGCACUAUGCAGGAGCAUGAUCAAUGUGGUGUUUAGGAGUUCAUGGUUUUUUAAACUGUACUUGAUGUUCAUUUAAAACCUAUUAAUAAUAUUAACAGAAUUAAUAUGGUGUAAUAUUUAAAAGAUUGUAUUUAUGAAUAUGACUUUUUAAGUUUGUCCAAGCUGUUGAUACAAUUUAUGGUGUUAAUAUUUUAUUCUCUACUUGUUUCAUGAUUAUUUUUCAGAGUGAGUGUGAGUGAGAGUGUUGCAUUGACAUGGAUCUUAAGAUUGUCCAACCUGGAUUUUCUGGAAUCCCUGAAAUUGCUCCACAGUCCUGAACAGAAUUAAUUACAUUCCAAGAAACAGGACACUUACAGAAUUAUUUUGAUUUGUCUGUGAGUUGUACUACUUGUGUUCAUGCCAGUCAGUUCAUUUCUGGAUAUUGUAUGUGAGUGUUUCUUUAAGAUCCACUUCCCAGUAGCAACUGCUUCAUUAAAAAGCUAAAUGAAAAGAAAGCUUUGUUCCAGGCAUAAAAGAUGUAUAGGUUAUGUUUAUACAAGCCAACACAGCAGGUACGUGUGCUAAAGACAACAGCUAUUCGGUGUAGUUAAUAAUAAGUUUAAAAACAAUAACAAAAGAAAUAGUUAUUCAUCAAGUCAUGUGAUAUCUCUUGUGAAUGCAAUAUUUUUUUUACUGAAAUGGCAACUCUCAUCUUAGUGUACUAUUACACAUCCACAUAAUAGCCAAUGGAAAUGAGGAAACGCAGGUUGUAAGUGCCUGACAUUAUUUCAAGACGAAGCGCACUUCCUGUACUUUAAUCAUAAUACUUUUUGUGUGUUUUUGUAUUUAAACUAUUUAAAUAAAUAGAAACUGAGAUACAUGCAGAGCAGCAAAAAACAUUGUCAGGAUUUUUUUUCUUAUUCUCUUGGUAUUGAAGAAGAUUCUGAUUGGUCAGAAUAGACUGUAUUUUCUGUUUCUGCUUGGCUUUCAGACUUUAAAAUUGUGUAUGCUAAAUAAUUUUUUGGAAAGAUUUACAGAUCCACCAAGUAAAUUAUCAAGGUACGUAUGGAAAUGUGAGUGAGCAUAGUUCAGGAGGUGAUAACAUGCUUGUGCGUGUGUAUGUGUGUGUGUUUAGAGCCCCUUUGUACACACUUCACUGUAUAUGAGCUGUGCCAUCCGCUUUAUUAGUGGACCACGUUGCUUAUUUUAGUACUACUGCUUUGUGCAAGUGAAACUUCUGCACACAUGAUGACAAUGAAUUAAAACUCAUACACCAACCUGGUCA